CGGCUUGUGAACGGCCGGCCGGUCCAGCUGCACUUUCCCCUCUGCUGCUGCUGCCUCGGGGGGAAUUACAUUAUUUCAAAAAUAACCACACAAGAGGAGGUGUACUUUCGAACAAAAAGGGAGGCUGACAGAGAGGGCUAACAAGAUGACGACCGAGUUCUGGGUCCCACUGUAAGGACAGGAAGGAGGCGAGAUGGCAGUGCAUGUUUUCAAAUGCCUGCGCCGGCCCGGGCGCUAGAGCAACCAACAGGGGUUUGUGGUUUGUGUGUGUGUCUGUGAGAGAGGUGAGUGUGUAGGACCACCCAGUGUUUUGACAGGAGAGUUAUGGAAUAUGAGGAGCUCGACGUGCCCCCCACUGACAACCCCAUCAAAAGAGAAGGAGCCGUGUCCAAGAAGACUCAUUUGACCCAGAUUGAAAUUAUUCCAUGUAAGAUCUGUGGGGAUAAGUCCUCUGGAGUCCAUUAUGGAGUCAUCACUUGUGAGGGCUGCAAGGGGUUCUUCCGGCGCAGCCAGUUGCCCACUGUCUCCUACUCCUGCUCCAGGCAGAACAACUGUCAGAUCGACCGGGCCAGCCGCAACCGCUGCCAACACUGCCGCCUGCAGAAGUGCUUAGCACAGGGCAUGAGCAGAGAUGCUGUGAAAUUCGGGCGGAUGUCCAAACGUCAGCGGGACUCUCUGAUAGCUGAAGUGGAGCGGCACCGGCAGCAGCAGCAGCAGCAGCUCCAGGAAGACGCCCCGUCUCUCUUGUCCUUCCCCACCAAGGCCCGUCCAGACCGCUCAGCGCAGCUCCUUCAGCCCAUGGCCUCCGCCUACUCCUUCAGCGGGGAUUCCGAGCUGCUGUCUUACACCGCUGAUGUCCACCCUUACCUGAUGUGCUCCCCCAACGAGUCCCAGGUGUCUGGUAUGAUCUACCGAGGCUCCGCUGUGUCCCCCACCUUGAGAUCCCAGGGGAGGGGAGACAACAGCGGACACCCUGAGAUAAGAGGAUUUGACUCCAGACAGCCGCCUCAUGAUCUGGUGGCGAUUCACCCCUACAGUCCUCUGGAGGAUCCUUACAGCCUCUAUCCUCACUCUCUGAGAAACGUCGAUGAGCUGUGUGCCAGCAUUGUGCGCUCCCACAGAGAGACCACUCAGUACAGGGUGGAGGAGCUGCAGGCUCUCAGAUGGAAAGUGCUCAGCAGAGAGGAGAUCCAAGUCUACCAGAGCAAAUCGGUGGAUGAGAUGUGGCAGCACUGUGCCAUCCGACUGACUGAUGCCGUGCAGUACGUGGUGGAGUUUGCGAAACACAUCCCAGGUUUUCGUAUGCUCAGCCAGAACGACCAGAUUGCUCUCCUGAAGACCGGCUCCAUGGAGGUGGUUCUAGUCCGGAUGUGUCGCUACUUCAACACAGAGAACAACACCGUCUUUUUCGAUGGGAAAUUCGCUGGAGUUGAAGUCUUCAAGUCUCUGGCAUGUGGUGAUUUAAUCGCAGCAGUGUUUGACUUCGCUCAUGAUAUGUGUGCUCUAAAGCUCACUGAGCAGCAGAUCGCUCUCUUCAGUGCUCUGGUGCUGAUCAACACAGAGCGUCCAUGUCUGGAGGACAGAAGCAGAGUUCAGCGAGUGCAAAGAAGCGUGGAGUUUGGACUCACACACAUUCUUCACCGAGACAACCAAGAAAGUCUAAUGCACAAGCUGUACCAGAGGAUGGCAGUGCUGCGUUCACUGUGCAGUCUGCACAUGGAGAAGCUGCGCUGGUUCAGUCAGCGUUACCCACUCACCGCGCACUCUCUGUUCCCUCCUCUCUACAAGGAGCUGUUCGCCUGUGAGGCCGAGCUGCUGCCGGGAACCACUCACUGAUGAUUCACUCGAACAUGCAAAGACACACACUUAUUUUAAGUCUCUUCUUUACUUACUGACAGAAUCUAUUUUUCUAAUAAUUAUAAUAAUAAAUGAGAAAAAAGCACCGUAAUCUUAACUUGUUUAGUACUGUAUUUUAUGAAUUCCAGCAGAGUUUUUUGAUAGAUUGCACCAGACAGAAAUAUUAAUAUUUUCAUAGUUUAAAAGUAUUUUAUUAUUACAGGGACACAUGCGUUUUGUUGUUGUUUGACGGUACAUUGUCAGAGGGGUCCAGAAUUAAUUUUCUCUGCUACCAUGAGUUACAGUGCAUCUGGAUACAUACAUUUUAAAAAGCAGAACACCUUUCAUUGUCAUCUGAAGUUUCAAAUGCUAGUUCAGAAUAUUGAAAGUACGACUGUUUAUGUAUGUGCUAAAUAUGUCCGAACAGAGACACAUAAGGAAGCUGAUGAAGGUUUAUGUUUUUUUCCAAUUUUCUCUGAUGUUCAGAAGUGACAACCAGUUUCUAAUUGGCCAGAGGUGCUCUCUCAGUCUUUCAUGAGCCUGUAAAAAAACCUUCCUUCACAUACCACACACACAUUUGAAGGUUAAUAUAGUGCGUAACAAGUAGCCCUACAAAUAAUGAAAUAUUGGUGUGUGACAAUUACAUACAGAGUGUUAAACACACCCAGAAAACAGAGACAACCUGCCUUGUUUCUGUAGAGAGAUGUCUCUCCUCUUCAGGUCACAGAAGUCCUACAAAGCAGCCGUACCUCUUAAAUGUCAUCCUUUGUGUUUGAACAAAUCCUAACAGGCUGUUGUUUUUUUCAAGCUUGGAAAAGAUGUUGCAUUAACUGUAUACAUUACAUUAAAAUGUGAGAGAUAAAGUAGUGUUCAAACUUUUGCUUUUUUUCUCAGAACUUGAAUAUGAUUUGUUUACAUAAAUAAAGCCAUGACUAAAGAGGAAAUGAUGAGAGGUUUCAUCAUUAAAUAUCGUAUGACCAGAUGUGGUUCCAGGAAAGGGGAACCGCCUUUCCUGGAACGACUGAGUUUAAAAUUAGGCUAAUUCCAUGUAAAUCCUUAAAUAAACUGAUGAGGCUGUGAAACGAGA